CCUGGGGCUGGAGCCAUGGGCGCCCCUGUCCCCGCACACCCGCAGCUGCCCGGCCGCCGUCUCCUGCUGCUGCUGCUGCUCGCCGCCCCGCUCCCCGCCGCGGCGGAGUGCCCUUCAUCUGUCUGGAUUCCAUUUGGAAGUUACUGCUAUGCUUUUUUUCAAGGAACAUUAAACAAUGUGGAGAGUGUUGAGGAUGCCAGGGAUUUCUGUAAAAGCAAUGCUUCUGGUGCAGAUAUUAUUAGUAUAAAAAAUGAAAAGGAGAAUACGUUUAUACUGGAAACUUUCAAAAAUCACUGGCACGGCCCUGAUAACAUUUUGUUGGGCAUGAUUUUUGAUACAGAUGAUAAUUCUUUCAAGUGGUAUGAUGAGUCAGAAAUGAAUUUUACCAAGUGGACUGAGGAGGAGAUUGAUGAAGUGGUCAUGAAUACAUGUGCUUUUAUGAACACUAAGUCGGGGAAAUGGGAAAAAAAGAGUUGUGAAGAGGUUCCUCUGACAGGGACCCUUUGUAAAACAGCCUCUGCUUCAUGAA